AUGUCCUCGAGUGCAUACAGCAAACGGUUUGAGCUGCCUUGGACAGCCAGCGAGAAACAGCGGCUGUGGAAACUGAAGACAACUGGCGAAACAAAAGACUUAGGUUGGAAUGCUUUUCACAAGUUAAAGCAUUUCCCUGACAGAAGCAAUUCCGCCGUGCAGGUGCAGUGGUCACGAUUGAGAGCAGAGCGCGGAUUACCCAGGCAGAGGCGCGCUCGUGGGAGUCUGGAAAGUGCUAUCCCUGAGAAGCGGUCUGUGGCCUGUCUGGAAGAUGUCACAGAAUCUGUCAAAUUUCCUAGGACUCUCGAAAAUGCGGAUGACAGCGAAGUAAUUGGCAAUCAUGUCAGUAUUACUAGUGACGGUGAGUACACCGAACACGAAGGGGCUACGCCUGAUGACAGCGUACUAUAUCAGAAUCAUUCCCAAGCACCAGGAAAGACUCGGAGAUUAUCAAAUCCUGGUUCAGACGUUCAGCAUGGAGCAGCUGCUCACUCUACGCUAUCUUCAGCAACGAUACCUGGCUCUACAUCUACAACUUCCGAGCCACCGUCUAGCCUCUCGUUUACACCUCUUAACUUCAUUCCCAUUGUCCAAGAGACAAUUAAAAAGGAUAGCCGGUCCACGUUGUCACAAGCCCCCGCAACGUGUCAAAAGCAAACCCCGGGCCUCCUGGACUCAGAUGAGAGUAACCAGUUGGAGUGCUCCAUGAUCAGCUCCAGGGAAAAUCCACAUUCCCAGCCGACGGGCCGAUCCGGUAUGCCGACCCACCUUGGCCCACCACAGACUACAGGGCCCACCACUGUCGGACAGGCACAAUUACCGCACCGCCUACACUUCUCACAAGAGGAAGAGCAACUGGUAGCGCAAGCUGGUCAUCCGCCCACAGCACUCAGAACUUGUUCUGAGAGUCCAAGGCUAGAGAAAGCUUCCGAAGAACUGGUCAGCCAUGUUAGGACUUUUGCCGAGGACGUUGAACAUCGGAUCAACGACCUGAUCUCUAGUUGGAGCCUCAAACAGAAAGAACUUUCUAUUCUUCGAGAUUCUCAUAAGAAAGUUAUCCUGGAGCGUGAUGAGCUGAGGGGAAAGCUUAACGUUGAGAUAAGAGAGAAUGAAGGAUUUAAAAAGGAGAUUGAAGACCUAAAGGCAGAGCUGAAGCUAAUGAAAGAGGAAAUGCGGAGGGUUGAGGAGGACAAGAAAAAAAUUACCGGUGUUUACAGGACCCUCGAGGAGCUGAUAAGAUAUGCGAAGGAUUAG